CGGCGGAGGGGCAGCAUGGGGCUGUGAGCUCAGGCCCCGCGCUCGCCAUGCCAGGGAAAGCCCAGCACUUCCAGGGUCCUCAGGUCAGCUGCUGCGCCAAAUACCUGCUCUUCGCCUCCAAUGUGCUCUUCUGGUUGCUGGGGGCAGCUUUCCUAGCCAUUGGUUUGUGGGCUUGGGCAGAAAAGGGCGUGCUUUCCAAUCUAUCAUCCAUCACAGACCUCGGUGGCUUUGACCCAGUCUGGCUUUUCCUCGUGGUUGGAGGGGUGAUGUUCGUGCUGGGUUUUGCUGGCUGUAUUGGGGCACUGAGGGAGAAUACAUUCCUACUCAAAUUUUUCUCUGUGUUCCUGGGGCUCAUAUUUUUCCUGGAGCUGACAGCUGGUGUCCUGGCCUUCAUCUUCAAGGGCUGGAUCAAGGAUCAGCUCAACUUCUUUAUUAACAAUAACGUCAAGGCAUAUCGCGAUGACAUAGACCUCCAGAACCUCAUAGACUUUGCUCAGGAAUAUUGGUCGUGCUGUGGGGCUCAUGGACCUAAUGACUGGAAUCUCAACAUUUAUUUCAACUGCACUGACUCCAACCCCAGCAGGGAGCGUUGUGGGGUACCUUUUUCCUGCUGUGUCAAGGAUCCUGCGGAGGACGUUCUCAAUACCCAGUGUGGCUAUGAUGUCCGCCUUAAACUGGAGCUGGAGCAGCAGAGCUUCAUUCAUACUAAAGGAUGUGCUGGUCAGUUUGAGAAAUGGCUCCAGGACAAUCUCAUUGUAGUGGCAGGGACCUUUGUAGGUGUGGCACUUCUUCAGAUAUUUGGUAUCUGCCUGGCCCAGAACCUAGUGAGUGACAUCAAUGCUGUGAAAGCCAAUUGGUGACACCAGAAUAGAGAUUUUGCUGUCUCCUACAGAUUCCCAGAUCUCCUGAAGGACUGAAGCCUUCAAGCCACAAUCACUGAGUGCUGCUAAACCAUCAACAAGCUCCUAUUGGGGGGUUGAGUGGGGGUCACCAGUAUUAAUAACUGCCUGAUGCCCUUCCAUAGCUUUCUGUUCCUGACUGGGGCAUAUGUGUCAUGUAAAUAGUAUUUAUGUCAGGCUUCUGAAGGGUCCUUUGACCCACUGCAAAAACUGCAGAGUUAGAAGCAUCUCAUGCAUAUAGCCAGGAAACAGCUCUGGAUUUUGUUGAGUGACCACAGGAGGCCCCUAUUGAUGAGUUAGCAUGGCUCAUGUGGUUUCCACUGAGGAAGCUAAUGGAAACGUCCUAAUUCUGCUGCCUGGAGCAGCUUCACACUUGUACUCUGUCCUAGACUCCUACUUGAAUUCUCUACACUCUACUCCCUGUCUGCUCUGCUCUCCUACUUACCAGGGAGAUUAAAUUAGGGAUUAACUCGAGACUGAGUUCCCUUGUUCAAAUUAGAGUUACAUCUUAUUUUGUGGAUUGUACUGUUGGUUUCUGCUGUUGUCCUAAGAGGUCAGAAACAAGCUGUCGGGAAGAUGCUGUCAUAUCUCAUUGGUGGCAGUAAUCUUCACCCUUGAUUUUUAAGGCUUCAAUUCUGGCAGAUGUGCAUUCCAGUGGGAAUAAAAUGUGCCAGACAGAACCAAACAGGUCAGUUCAAUCCAACCCACCAAGAGUUAAACCAAUGGCAAACUAAAAAUAUUCUCGGAUAGUUUAGAAAAACAUGACCCUGUAACAGAAAUGAAUCUGUUC